AUGGACCGCGCCGUCGGCCGCUUCGUCAUACCGGCGGGCUCCAUGAUCGUUGGCACCCUCAUCGCCGUCGUCGUCUCCCUCGGCCUCCUUGACCGUGUCCUCCUCCCUCUGUGGCGGCGCCUCGUAAGGCACGACCCGACGCCACUGCAGCGCAUCGGCGCCGGCCACGUGAUCACCAUCGUCAGCAUGGCCGCGUCCGCCGUCAUCGAGCGCCGGCGCCUGGGCACCGUGCACGCGCACGGCAAGGAGGGCAACCCGGCGUGGGUGUCGCCGCUGUCGGCCAUGUGA